AUGGCUUACCAGGCAUCUUCGCCGUCAUGGCUCGCUGCCGUUCUGGCUCUAUUCUCUAUCUUCUCUCUUCUUGUCCCCGCUAACGCCUUGUACUUUUACGUUGAUGGCCGCCAAACCAAGUGUUUCUUCGAGGAUCUCCCCAAGGACACCCUGGUAGCAGGUAAAUUCUCUACCGAAGUAAUCAACCCCAACACGAACACCUACGCGGUCGACCACAACCUCAAGGUCCAAAUCACCGUCGACGAGACCUUCGACAAUGACCACCGCGUCGUCAACAAGCGCGAAAACCACUCCGGCCGCUUCACCUUCUCCGCCGCAGACGCCGGCCAACACCGUAUCUGCUUCUUGGCCGAAACCGACGUCUCGACCUCGGGCUGGCUAUCCAACGGUCAGAGCGCCGUCAGGGUUACUCUCGACAUUGCCAUUGGCGAGACGAGCAAGAUCGAGACGGAGGAUAAGGACAAGAUGAAGGAUAUCGUGCAGCGUGUGCGCGAUUUGAACAGUCGCUUGCAUGAUAUUCGUCGCGAGCAGGUGUACCAGCGGGAGCGCGAGGCCGAAUUCCGCGAUCAAUCCGAGACCACCAACUCCCGCGUUGUUCGCUGGACCAUGAUCCAAUUGGCCGUCCUAUCCGCGGCCUGUGCCUGGCAACUGUCCCAUCUGCGGUCAUUCUUCAUUAAGCAAAAGUUGACCUAA